UUUGGCUCAUGAGCUGGGUCACCUCAAGUGCGAUCAUGGUGUUUGGCUCACUUUUGCCAAUAUACUCACAAUGGGAGCAUACACUGUCCCUGGUUUCGGCAUGGUUACUGGCUUUCUGGAAGAGCAGCUAUAUAGAUGGCUACGAGCUGCAGAGCUGACUUGUGACAGGACAACUCUUCUUGUGGUGCAAGACCCGAAGGUAGUCAUCUCUGUUCUGAUGAAAUUGGCUGGAGGAUGCCCAUCUCUUGCCGACAAGCUAAAUGUGGAUGCCUUCCUGGAGCAAGCUCGUUCGUACGACAAGGCUGCAUCGAACCCAGUUGGGUGGUACAUCCGGAACGCACAAACCAGAGAGCUUUCACACCCUUUGCCUGUGAUGCGAGCCAGAGAGAUUGAUGAGUGGUCAAGAAGCCAGGAGUACAAGACCCUAAUGCAAAAAAUGUUUCAGAUGGGGCUGAACAGAGUAUAGUUAGUGGCGACACAUACGAAGAGGACUGUAGAGUUUGUAGCUUGUGUAUGGAAGGGAAUGUCUGUAUAUGGAGAAGGCUGGUGCUUCUUCAC